AUGACGGAGUUUGACGAAAAAGAUGAUGAGACCAUCAAGAAUUUAAUGUUUCAUUUUGAGAAACGUCCAGAUCGAUUUGUAAAGAUUAGUGAAUUCAUGCCGAAAUACACACCAAAACAAUUAUCUAAUCGUUGGAGAGACCAUCUCGAUCCUAAUAUAUGUAAGGAAGCUUUUACGGAGGAUGAAAAACGAUAUAUUAUUGAACAGACUCCAAAUUACCGAAAAUCGAAUAAAAUUUGUUGGAAAUGUUUAAGUUCAGGCAUGAAAAAAAUUUUUAAUAGGCGUCAUUCCAACAAUAAGAUCAAAAAUUAUUGGAAUGCAAAUCAAAGACGUCAGAAAAAGAAGAAUUCUAAGCUAAAUGUUCCCUUUUUUAUAAAUGAUGAAAAUGGAGAAAAAUAA